AUGAAAAGGAGUCUGGCUGACACUUCAACUCGCAGCACAGCAGGUUGUCUGCCUGUACCUCUGUUCAAUCAGAAGAAAAGAAAUAGACAGCCCCUCACUUCAAAUCCCCUUAAAAAUGAGCUGGGUGCUAGUUCUGGGACUCGUACUUACGACUUUUCUCCCACGUCAUUUGGCUGGGGAACUGCAAACCCAGAAGUGGCUGAACUACAGAAAGCAGCAAACAAUGGAGUUUGGAACACAAAUGAGUAUACUCCUUUAAGUAAUACAACAGAUUCAAGAUCUGAUAGGGGAAUUAUUGAAAAGUUUGAGAACCUUUCAAAUGGUUUGAAAACUGUCCAGAAGCAAAAAAACCCUGAUAAUCGUAAUUCAUCUCAGCUUAUCAAAACAGCAGAAAUGAGCCAAGCAUACACAUCUAAAGGACAAUGGCCUCUGAAACCUAACACUGUUUCAAGAAGUCUGCAGGAUCAUAGUCUGGCAUAUAAAUUUAACCAUAAUAUUCAGAAAAAUAAACUGAAUGAAAAACAAUUUGAUUGUGUUCCAGAGGACAAAAGUCAGGAAGUUUCAGCAUCUCAAUUAAAAAGUAAAGAAAAAAAGAAUUCUUUGCGAAUCAUAUCUGCAGUCAUUGAAAGUAUGAGGCACUGGAGUCAAUAUGCUUAUAAAACUGCACUAUUAUUUGAAGUUUUAGGCACACUUGAUUCUGCAGUCACACCUGGAGCAUAUGGCGCAAAGAAUUUUCUUCUGAGAGAUGGAAAGGAGAGUCUGCCUUGUGUAUUUUACGAAAUUGACCGGGAGCUUCCAAGACUAAUUAGAGGUCGAGUGCACAGGUGCAUGGGAAAAUAUGACGCAAAAAGGAACAUAUUCAAAUGUGUCUCUGUAAGACCAGCAACUAUUCAAGAACAAAACACUUUCCAAGAAUUUGUUAAAAUUGCAGAUGUUGAGAUGACAGCAUAUGUAAAAACAAUGAAUGAAAUGUAA